GAGGGUUGUCUGCUGUCUGGGAGGAGGGCUUUGUCUGUGUGCGCCUUUCUCUCUCUCCCUCUCUCGCUCUCCCUGUCUCUCGCACUCUCGCUCGCUCUCGCUCGCUCUCUCUCGCUCGCUCUCCCUUUCCCGUCUCUGUGGUUUGUAAGGUAGGUUGCAGUGUGUGUAUAUACACAACAUCAAGAGCAGGAAAAUGGACUCAUUAGGGAGGCAGGCAGUCAUUACCACUCACACUGUACUUCCAGGGAGACAGCGACUAUGAGGAGACAAACUGAGGACUGGGGAACAAGCAGCAUAAGAAAGAAGUGUUGAGAGCUGCUCUUAACCCUUUUGGAGGCCGAAGUCAAAAGGGAACUAGAGGUCUUGACGCAUCCUUUACAUCCUGCAUUUACUCUGACCACAGUCCCUCCCUGUUCUCACAAGCGGAGCUCAGCCCUGCUUCCCUUCCUGUUGAUUCCCAGUCAGCUACAUGACUGCCUGAAGUUACAUUGUAGAUGCUGAAAUCACUGCACCUUAAAAACAAAAAGAUUAAGCCACACUGCAUUCCUAAUGUUGGAAUUUUUGGACUGUGCAUCUGUUUAGGCACGUGGAGAAAGACAAGACUGAGAUCAUCAGCGGUUGGCAGUUUUCCUCAACUUUGUGAGAGAGAGAGAGAUUGUGUUGGAAUGAAACCUUGCUCUGCGUACAGCCUGCUUGAGAUGCAGCAUUGAAAGAUCCCUCACAAUCAGUUUGUGGCCUUUCUCUGGAGGAACCUUUCCUUGUCUCUUGUGUGACCAAGCACUGGAACAGGUUGCCCAGAGAAGUUGUGGAGUCUCCCUCACUGGAGAUAUUCCAGACCCAUCUGGACACACUCCUGUGUCAUGUUCUCUGGGAUGACCCUGCUCAAGCAGGGAGGCUGGAACAGAUGACCCACUGUGGUUCCUUGUAACCCACCCAGUCUGUGAUUCUGUGAAAUGUCUGAUUCCUCACUUGGUAUCAGACACAGCCUCUCUCUGUUCCCUGCCCCAAUGAACGUCUGCACUAGGUCCAAGGCUUGGAGUAAUUUACCUGAAGAGUGAUACCAUUUGGAAACCACUGAAGAAACCCAAGACAGCUGAAAACCAGAAGGCGUCUGAGGAGAAUGAGAUUACUCAGACGGGUGCAUGCAGCGCCAAGCCGGGCCUUCCCUGCCUGAACCUUGAAGCUGUUCCUUCUCUGAACCUGGCCCUCAUCCACUCUCCACAUUCACCGACAAACCUGCACGCACACACAGGGUCAUCUGAUUGUAACAUCAGUUGCAAGGGGAUGACAGAGCGCAUUCAUAGCAUCAACCUUCACAACUUCAGCAAUUCCGUGCUCGAGACCCUCAACGAGCAGCGCAACCGUGGCCACUUCUGUGACGUGACGGUCCGCAUCCACGGGAGCAUGCUGCGCGCCCACCGCUGCGUGCUGGCAGCUGGCAGCCCCUUCUUCCAGGACAAGCUGCUGCUGGGCUACAGUGACAUCGAGAUCCCCUCAGUGGUGUCAGUCCAGUCUGUGCAAAAGCUCAUUGACUUCAUGUACAGCGGGGUGCUGCGGGUCUCCCAGUCAGAGGCCCUCCAAAUCCUCACAGCCGCCAGCAUCCUGCAGAUCAAGACUGUGAUUGAUGAGUGCACAAGGAUUGUCUCACAAAACGUGGGAGAUGUCUACCCAGUGAUUCAGGAUUCUGGCCAAGAGACACCCAGGGGAACACCUGAAUCAGGCACAUCGGGGCAGAGCACUGACACAGAGUCUGGCUACCUGCAGAGCCAUUCACAGCACAGUGUGGACAGGAUCUAUUCAGCCCUCUAUGCCUGUUCCAUGCAAAAUGGCAGUGGGGAGCGCUCCUUUUACAGUGGAGCUGUGGUCAGCCACCAUGAGACAGCCCUGGGACUCCCCAGGGACCAUCACAUAGAAGACCCCAGCUGGAUUACCCGGAUCCAUGAACGGUCGCAGCAGAUGGAGCGGUACCUCUCCACCACUCCAGAGACCACACACUGCCGGAAGCAGCCCCGCCCUGUCCGAAUUCAAACCCUGAUGGGCAACAUCCAUAUUAAACAGGAGAUGGAGGAUGACUAUGACUACUAUGGCCAACAGAGGGUGCAGAUCCUUGAGCGCAAUGAGUCUGAGGAAUGCACUGAGGACACUGACCAAGCAGAAGGCACUGAGAGCGAGCCCAAAGGGGAGAGUUUUGACUCGGGUGUCAGUUCCUCCAUUGGCACUGAGCCUGAUUCCAUGGAGCAGCAGUUUAUGGCUGGUCUGGGCCGGGAUGGGCAGCAGGAACCUACUCAAGCAGAUCAAAAUGAUGUCCCUGCUGAUGGCACUCAACCACAGCAGCAGCAGCAACAUGUAGAUGCCAACUCUUCCUCACCAGAGAGAAGCAAUGAUGUUGAAAUGGACAGCAAAGUGCUCACAGUCAAUAACAGCACCGAAAAGGGGGCUUUGCAGCCUUCUGUCAACACAUCUGUUGCCCAGCCAUUGCCAACCACACAGAUCUACUUACGCCAGACAGAAACCCUCACCAGCAAUCUAAGGAUGCCACUGACUCUGACCAGCAACACUCAGGUCAUUGGAACAGCUGGCAACACCUACCUGCCUGCCCUUUUCACCACGCAGUCUGCUGGCAGUGGCCCUAAGCCUUUUCUCUUCAGCCUGCCCCAGCCUUUAGCUGGCCAACAGACACAGUUUGUGACAGUGUCCCAGCCCGGCCUGUCAACCUUUACUGCCCAGCUGCCGGCCCCACAGCCCUUGGCCCCGUCUGCAGGCCACAGCACAGCGGGUGGGCAAGGCGAAAAAAAGCCUUACGAGUGCACUCUCUGUAACAAGACUUUCACCGCCAAACAGAACUACGUCAAGCACAUGUUUGUACACACAGGUGAGAAACCGCACCAAUGCAGCAUCUGUUGGCGCUCCUUCUCUUUAAAGGAUUACCUAAUCAAACACAUGGUGACACACACUGGCGUGAGGGCCUACCAGUGCAGCAUCUGCAACAAGCGCUUCACCCAGAAGAGCUCCCUUAAUGUGCACAUGCGUCUCCACCGCGGGGAGAAGUCCUACGAGUGCUACAUCUGCAAGAAGAAGUUCUCCCACAAGACCCUGCUGGAGAGGCAUGUGGCUCUGCACAGUGCAACCAACGGCACGCCUGGAGCCACUGGCACCGGCGCAAGGGCUGUCCCUGCCGGCGUGGUGGCCUGCACGGAGGGGACCACGUACGUCUGCUCUGUCUGUCCAGCUAAGUUUGACCAAAUCGAGCAUUUCAACGACCACAUGAGGAUGCAUGUGUCAGACGGAUAAGUAGAAUCUCUCUCUCUCUCUUUGUUAUGAACAACAAAAAUAGAAACAACAAAAAAAAGCUAUGGCACUAGAAUUUAAGAAAUUAUUUUUGUUUCAUUUUUACCUUUAUUUUCCUCCUUUUUUUGGGUUCAUUUUGUUUUGUUGUUUUUUGUACUACAUGGAAAACUGUUUUUUGCCUGCUGGUACAUUACAUUUCCGGAGGCUGGGUGAAUAAUAAUUUUCCCAACCUCCCUCGGAUGGUGGCCUUAAGGCCAGGUAGUGCUUCAUGAGCUCCACUGGUUGGAUCUCUAGCUACUGGCCUCUAAAUACAACCCUUCUUUACUACAAAAAGCAAACAACAAAAAAAAAAAACCACAAAAAAAAUUUAAAAAACAGACAAAAAAAUAAAAAAAAUCUUUUUUCUCACUUGUGAAGAGCACUACAAAUAAAGAAACAAACAAAAUAUAUUACAAAUCUACAAGGCCUACUGUCGUUAUAAGUACACCGCUUGCAGUGUUUCAAUGGACAUGAUUCACAUUGCUGACCGCUUUUGGACUUCACAGUACCCAGUUAGAACUGUGGAAUAUUUUGCUUCUGGUUGAGCAGUAACCAGAGGAAACAAGGCCCUGCUGGUUUCCACCACGUGUCUGCUUUCUCACACACGCACGCAUCCACAAACACACAAAAAGGGCUGAGGGGAAUGCGAGGCAGUGUGGCUUGGAUAGUGUGGAGUCCCUGCAGGGUGAGGAAAAAGAAUCAGAGGUUCCCCACCUGGAUUCUGCUCCAUCCCUCUCUGUCCGGCGCACCCUCCCCGCUGCUUUUCUCGUACCACCACCACCACCUUAUAGCAGAAACCAAGAAGAUUCAGACAACGAGCAACGGUGGCUUUUUUUGUAAUUUAUUCAGUGUCUUCGCUGAGCACAGGGCCUCAGCACAAUCAAGAGGGACUUUCACAGAAGGCAAAGAGAAACACAGAGAAAAUUCAAAGAUAUCAGAGGUUGCAACCUAUGGAUCUAGGUACAAGGAAAGGGUUAGUUCCCACAAUCUUUGCAAAAAAAAAAAAGUUGCAUCAGGAUUUAUUCUUGUGGAAGAAAGAGGAAUAGAGGGUGGGAGGGGAAUAAUAAUUUAAAAAAAAGAGUUGUUGGGACUUUUUUAAUUCAAAAUUUUAUAGAGGGGCAAAAGUGACGUUUACCAGAUAGAAUGCUGAUUUUUUUAAUAUAUUUACAACAGUAUUUGUGUAAAAAAACAAAAAAAGUGAGAUUGUUAAAAGUAAUUUUUCUUUGUUUUCUCUUUUGUUUUGCAUACACUGCCACUAAUAUCUCCUCUUUUAUUAUAUAUAUGAAUAUAUAUAAAAAUAUAUAUUUUAUUUUAAAUUGAGACUGUUAAGGUUAGCUAACCUGCUUCCAGAUAGAGGGGGGGAGGGGAGAUGAUCUUGAUUUUUAUUUUAAAAAAGAGGAAGGAUGUUUUCUUAAUUUUCUUUUCUAGUAUUAUUCUCUCUGUUUUCUAAUGGAAUCAAGAAUUACCUGGGUCGAUGAGGGGCUCUGUGAAGUCAUCUGUGAGAUUAUCUACUAGUGUUUGUGCAUCCUGCAGUAUCAUUUGAACUGCUACUUUGUUUUUUUGAAUUACAUGGUUCUCUUUUUGGCUCUUACCAAGCUUCUGUUGUUUCUUUUUUGGUUCCAUCUCAGAAUUUAUUUCUGCUGAGGGACAUUUCCUUUUGAGAAAGAGAUUUUUCUAGCAAUGUUCCCUUGUUUUGGGGGAUGAUAUAAACUGUAGUCUUUAUUUGAAAAAGUAUUGAAAGUUUAGAAGUGUGUAAUAACUAGGAUUUCCCUUCUUUUUGGUCACUGGACAAGAAUUUAUCUGCUGUAUUGUUCUCUCAUCCCUGCCUUGCUCGCUAGAGAGCUUCCAUAUUUCUGUGGGAAUCUGAUCCUGCCCCCAAUAAUUUGUGCUGAUGCCAAAACAACUUAAAAUGUUACCAUUGCAAAUAAUCCUCCCUUCAUUUGCAAAAAGUCUGACUGAAGGGCCACAUCCCGCAUUCUCUGCAUAGACAAAGCUAUGAAAGGAAUGUAGGAUCAGUGUGAAAGAUUAAUUCCUGAUCUGCAUAUGUAUAUUGGUGUUUUGUAUUUUGUUUUAUUGUGUUUGGACUGGUGUUCUCCCUAGUUGUCUUCUGUGUAUCUGUGUAAGAAUUUUUUCCCCAAAGCCAGCUCCCAAAGUACGUGGGUCCUUAGUUCAGUUGGAUCAGUGUUUGACACUGUCUUUGUCUUGCUUGAAAUCCAUGUGAGGACUUACACCAACUGCACUCUGGACUUCAUAUUUUAGGCAGAGAAGAAGCACCUAACAAAAAUAUGCAAAAAGGAAAAAAAGAAAAAAUUGCAAGUUUAGCUUUUACUUGUGUCUAUAUUUAAAUUAAGCUUUCUUAAGUUUACAAAACUUUUUGCUUGUGAACACUGAGCAUUUCACAUGAGACAUUCUUUUAUGCUGGACAGCUUUCUGAGUAUUGACUUGGUAGAUCUCCAUACACAAUUUUGCAUGUUCUUUACACAUGUGGCUUCUCUAUCAGAUGCCUGUGAUUCAGUACAGGUAACUUCAUCCAUAUGUUCUGUGCCUGUUCCAUUACCAUUUAUUGGGGAGAAAAACCUGACAGGUGGUUCAGUCUCAGAAUCUUUCUGUACCCUGCAAGGUACUGUUCAGCAGAUCCUAAAUGCUGAAGCCCAGAUUCUUGGCUGCAAUAUGCAGCAUAGAAAGACCUUGAGGUGAGUGCCAGAGCAAUUGAAUCUUUUAUACAGUAACAUCUUUCUUUGUUACCAACUUGUUUGGGUAGUUCAGGGGGUUGGAGAAGGAGCACAAGUUCGUUAACAAAUAUUGUUCUAAUAACCACAUUGGCAAAAGCAAUGCUGGCAUGUAAAUCAAGAUGUGAAAAGACAAAGCCCAAGACACAGGGAGGGAGAACUGAUAUGUGCCAUUUAGACAUACUAAUUCUAUACAGAAAGUAAAGGUUCUGGAGACUGAAAUGCAGAAGAAAAUGAGGAAGGUGAACCUAGACAAAAGGAUUGAAGGUUUUUCUUCGGGUAAAGUAGCGUUUUUUCUGAGAUCUUUGGUAUCAAAGAAUAUUCUCCCAUAUGAGGAACUAGUGAAGAAUUUUACCCAGCUUACAAAUAUGUAGCUGCUCAUUUGUCAUCUGAGGUCUGGGGAAAAGCUGUUUAAUUUGCCAUUGUAAACCUGGUAAACUGUAGUCAAGAUGUAGCAUAUUGUGGAAUAUACUUUUGAUACCAGAAGAGGUAUGCCAGUAAACAUGAAAUAAGAAUCAGGAUCUACAUCCACCAAAAUCCAAAUACUAUCAAAAUUUUAAUCCUUCAGUUUUCAUCCUUCCCUAAAUCAAAGCAUUAUCUUUGAAAUGCCAAUUUUUAUAAGGUUCAAUAAAUUUGAAGUGAAUUAAAAAUGAGUUGUGAAUGAAUGAAUGAAUGAAUGAAUGAAUGAAUGAAUGAAUGAAUGAUGCCAAUUAAAAAAAAACAACCAUAUUUCUUAAAGUAAAGCAAAGGCAUAAUUCUAAAACACUUGUCAAAGAAUUUAGGCCUAGGUCUUCACAAAUGACUGCCUGUAAUGUAAACUGAUUUUGUUGGACUUCCAGACUCGAUAUUGUAAAAUGUGGGGUAACUUGCAGCAUGACUGCAAAUGUAGCUUAAAGUGUCGGGUCAUUCUGAAUUCAGAAGCUCAAACAUAGUCCCCUUUAUCUUUUAAAGUGUUAAAUUCUCUUUGGCAGUUCUUCCUCCCAUCUUUGAAAUGCUUAAUUGCUACUUGGAAAUAACUAAUAUCUGAAUGUUACAGGUAGAUUCAAGCUUCAUAUAUUGCUACAAUAUGCCUUUGCAAAAAGAAUAGCAGUCACUAUGAUCUGGAAACUGCUGCUGACAAUGUUUGAGUGAAUCUAUCUCAGUAUGCUUGAAAGGCUUCCUUCAAAACACCCGAUGAAGUGAUACAGAUGAGAAAAUGCAGACUGUAGCACACAUCCUUUUGUUGAAGCCUGCAAUAUCCUGCAUUCCUUGAGCUUGAUUCUCACUUUUGCUAAAGCUCUCUUUAUAUUAGUUUGGUAAUGGAAAAGGCCAUUAAAUAGAACAUAAAUUCAAGCUUACAAGGCCUCUCUGCAAGGCAUAAGUGCAAUAAAGGAAACCUUAGAGUGAAUGAGAAGUGCCUUCUCAUACUGCUGCUGAGGCUGGUGAAGUGAAUUGGAAAUUCACUAUAGCAGGACUGGCUAUAGGUUCCUUUGCAGGAACUGCUCUGAGGAUACUUUCUCAACAUCCAUCAUGCUUCUACUAGACCCAUUUCUGGCCCUUCAAAAACAGCUGCUGUUUUUGAAUGCUGUUAGCUUCAAAAACAGCUCAAGUUCCCAGUAAGGUAACAGGGGAGAAUGUAAUUUAAUUGACUUUUUAAGUGAAUGAGACUUCCCUUUGCUCUAAAUCAAAAGUGGAGCCUGUUUUUCUUCUUUCGAUUUCUUUUUCAUCCAAAGGAGAGUUGAGUAAUAAUCCACAUACCAUCAGCACCCCACUUCUUGUCAACCCUACUGACUGGGUUCAGUUGACCUUGACAUACUUGAUUAGUGCUGGAUCACUGGCAUGGUGAGUGACAAGUCUCUUGACUUUAGUGAAUAUUAUCCCAACUUCUCCUGUCUCCCUUAGUAGUGAAAACAAGUUCCAUAGGGAGAAGAUACAAGACAUAUUCUUUGCAGGGAUGUUGAGUCCAGUCCAAAAUCAGAAGCACCCAAACCAUUUCACACAUAAUCAGUAUGUCAUAGAUCUAUGACCUUCCAGUCCUGUGCUAAGGAAAUCCUCCAGUUCUCACUGCUGAAAAUGACUUGCCAUUCAAAAGGAAAAGAUGGGAUGAGCCUGGAAAAGAGAAGGGUCCAGGUAGACUGUCCAGAUCCUGACAAGAAGGCUGGAGAGGGAAUUUUCACAAGGGUAUAGGACUUUUCACAUAGUGGUAGGACUGGGAGGAAUGGCCUUAAGCUGAUGGAGUGUAGGUUUAGAUUAGAUAUUAGGAAGAAAUCUUUAUGAUAAGGGUGGUGAGAUGCUAAAAGAGGUUGCCCAGAGAAGGUGUGGGCUGUAGGUGUUCAAGAUCAGUCUGGAUGGGGCUCUGAGACAUAUGAUCUAGUGGAAGGCCCCCUGCACAUGGUGGGAGGGUUGGAACCAGAUAUCUUUAAAGACACUUAAAACCCAAACCAUUCUAUAAUUCUAUGAUAAUAUCAAAUCAAAAUCAGGACCUAGUGGUGGUUCUGACAAGAGGAACUAGGCCUUAUAUUCAACCCUUUUAAUUCAGCAUCCAGGUCCUCUGAGCCGUUGGAAUAAAUGUGAUAGUAAAGAGUCAGGAGGUAGCCUAAUUGAAGCAGUAUCUGAGCAGCCUAAAGCAAAAUAGCUGCUUUUCACAUUCCCUGAUUUGUUCUCAUACUAGCUGUGAAAAUUCGUGAAGGAGGUAUAAAGUGAUGAGAACUUGGCCCUGAGAGAACUUCUGUCUCCUCUUCUCCCAGAAGGUCUGUCUUCAUCUGACCACUAAACAAUCAGAAUUCUGCUGAAAAAAAGCUUAUGAGGGAAACUACAGAUAAGACAUUAAGUCUGGAAUCUCAAGUUUGUAAAUGCAAUUAACACCUUUCCAAGAAUUUGACAGUCCUGCUGACAGAAACCAAAUGCAGGUAGAGACGUCUUGCAGAGGGGCAGGUGCUGAAAAUGCCAAGUGUCUUGCAGCAUGGCCAGUAAGACAGGCAAAUUUAUAGAGGUGGCCUGAUGCUGGAUGCCUGUGCACAGGGGCUGGUUCUGGCCAUGGCAAGUCAGUGUUCUUGCUGCUGUUCACCUUAUUUGUCAUACAAGAAGUAAUAAGCUAGUUUCCUUUAAAGCUACUCAGUGAUCCAGUUCAUUUCAGGCAGAGCAAAGGAGCCCCCAUAUUUUCACAGAUCACUAAGCUGGGAGAGAGUUUUAGGUGUGUGCAUAUCCUUCAAACUGACAAAAACAAAAAUGUGGGUUAUGCCUUCUCUAGUAUAAAACACAGAAAUUUGGUCCACAAGGGACACAACCUGUUUGAAAAAGAGGAACACUUAAGUCUCUUAGAUCUAUUGCUAUAAGGCAUGGGGGAAUCUUUGUUUUGUUUUUCUAAGAACAUAUGUAAACGAGAAACAAGAUGUGUAUUAGUGUAUAUCCAUCUAAUUAUUCCCAGUGCUGAUAACUAAUCAAUUAUAUUAGUGCCUCUAAGAAUAGAGAAAAAUGCAUUCAUUGCUAUUUGUGCUCCCUCUCUGCUAUAGAUCAGGAGUACCUAAGGUGGAAAGAGAAGCGUUACACAAUUGAGAAAUUUUGGUGAAAAAAAGAAUUACAUCCCUGUGUAGGUGUGCCAGUAUCUGGACAAAUAUCCUCUCUGAGUUGAAAAGGAUAUCUAACAGUAUAUCCAACAGGAUACUGUUAGAUAACUUUAAUUUUAAAAUAAUCUUUCUAGUGAAAAAAGCAAAGUUAAAUAUUAAUAUUUUUCCAUUAUAUAUUUAGCAAUGUUGCUGAUUUUUUUUUGUAUUUAAGCCUCUGCAGUAGCAUUUGAUUCACAGGCAUUAAGAGAGAGUCCAAGAUAGGAGAAGCAGAGAUUACUGAUGUACUGUGAAUAAGAUUGAAAAGUAAAUUGAACCCAUAAUGUGCUUUAAUUUGCUAUUCAUGCUGCAACUAAACUCGACUAAAGAGUUUCUAGGUUUAUUUUAAAAUAAAAGAGUCAAAUAUAUUCUACACAUCAUUCUAGCAAAGUCAUAUCAGGAAAAACAUAAGUCAUGGUUUUUAAAUGUCAAUUUCCCCUAGAAUUGUUCAUUAAUAGCUUUUAAAAUAAAAGAGGCCAGGUCAAGAUAAACCGAACUCUGAUGCUCUAACACAAUCCUUCGUGUUAGACACGAUCAUAGUUUCCACUACCAGACGUACAUGAUCUUCACUGACUUUCCCCAAAGCCAGUGAACUGAGAUUUUUUGUGCACAGCUGCAUAUGCCAAGAAACUCUUCAUGUUUCCCAUAGGAAAAGGAGAGUAGCACUGAGCUAUGCAAACCAAUCUUAGAACCAUAGAAUCAUUAAUGUUGGAAAAGGUCUUUGAGAUCAUGGAGUUCAAUCAUUAACCCAGCUCUGCUAAUCCACUACUCAAGCAUGUCCCCAGGUCCUACAUCCACAUAUAUUUUGAAUACUUCCAGGGCAGUGAUUCAACCACUUCCUUGGGCAGCCUGUUCCAAUUUUGUCUCCCUUUUACUCAAGACAUUUUUCCUAAUAUCUAAUCUAACCCUCCCCUUGUACAACUUCUGGACAUAGCCUCUCAUCUAGUCACUUGUUACUUGGGAGAAGAGACUAAUCCCCACCUGGCUACAAUCACCUUUCAGGUAGUUUUAGAGAGUGAUGAGGUUCCCUUUCAACUCCCUUGUUCUCAGAUCCCUCUGUGGAGCCUUCUAAAUUCUUUUUUAACUGUAUUUUAACACCCCAAUUUACACUUUUGUCCUCAACUAUUUUUCAAAAAGCAAAGAACAUUAAGAUACUUCCUUAUCUUACAGUAAGUAAGAAGUAAAUACACUAAAGCCUUGAAUACACUACAGCCUCAUAGACAAUUGCUUUAAAACAGAAAUACAUCUAAGCAGUAUGAAGUGUGCUUAUGUUUCGUAUCUGUAGCAAAAUUUAAUCUAAAAUGUUCCCUUCUUACAAAAUAUGUCAUGUUUUCCUCUUUGAAAGGGUAGGGAAGCAGGAAUAUUAGUGAGACAUAGUGGUCUCUUCAUAUUGGAUGGUGCUUUUCUGCUGUUUCUUACCUUCAGAUACAGCUCCAAGUUUGUUCCUCUUCCAAAGUGAUCUACUUUUGAUUGGUUGGUUGGCAUCAGCUCCCAGUAAAACACUGGAGAGUAAAUGCUCUUCCUAAAUCAAAUUAAUAAUGUGGGGGCAUGGCUAUGUGAUUUGAUUCCAGUGAAAUGUAUGAGAGAAAAUCCAAUGAAAAGCUACUUUCAAGGGACAAAUUCUGUUCUGAAUUUCUAUCAGUGCAACCUGUAUUGGCACUUUUGGGAUUGCAUGCAUGUCACUGCAGAUAAAUAUAGCCCGUUUGGAUAGUUCAGCUAUGAUUCCUUUUAAGAAAAGUAUAUUCUAAAAAUAUCCUUUUGCUGCAGCAGUACCAUUACACAAACAAAAGAAUUACCAAUAUCCCGUCACAUGUGAAAACUCUACCCAGUUCAGCCCAAAGGGGCAUUCUUGUUUUCACUCCUUCUGCAAAUUUUAUUAGAACUUGAGCCCUCUUUGAGCUGCAAUAUUUCCUUCACAGCCAUGCAGCCACACCCCAAGCAUCCCUCAUAAAUGCUCUCUGUCACACUGGGCUUAGGUAUUACAGUGCCCCAUAUGCUUUUAUGAGUUCCCCAGUGGAGCCUUUCCUGCUGGAAAAUCUGGUAGCAGUGUAACAAAGCAUUGCUUGCUUUAAGUAUUUUCUAGACAGAACUGCAGAGUUAUAGUGUUCGGUCUUCCUACUGUUGACUUGUUAGUGAUUUUUUUGCCAAGUUUACAGUGGCCCUCGAGGAAUGUGUAUAGCUCAGUUAGGUACUUGUGCUCAACUAUCUGAUUCUGCAGUGUCAUGUUCCUACAAAACAAGCAGGUAUUUUUCUGAGAUCUUUUUCCUACAAAAUUGACAGAUACCUUUCUGAGAUCUAUAUGUUAAAUAGGAAACUUUUCUAUUUCACUUUUCUUCUUCUCUUUUUGCCACCUGGAUAUUGCCAUAUUCUUCAUUAAACCAUGCAAAGCCCCCUAGAAGUUCAGCCUUCAUGUUGAAUGGACACUUGAUUAGGGAUUAUCAUCACAUUCAAGAAACAGGAUUACAUUCACCCAACUGCCCAACUUUCUUUUAAUUUUUCCCAUUUAGUCCUUUACUUUCAUUCAUCACAUAGGCUGUUGGUACCUAAGGGAUCUUUGAGUAAAAUCACAUUAUAUGGCCUGUGUGUGUGUGUGUGUGCAGUUGUAUGUCUGAGUGUGCAUGUGGAUGUAUGCGUGUGCAGGGAGAGCCAGUUACCUCCUCCUGGCUUUACAGACAGGCUGCUAAUUGAGUGUGUGGACAUGCAUGGUUUUGAUGCAGGGAAGGCUUUAGAUGAAACAAGGAUUACAGCAUUAACUGUGGAGCAUUGGCACAUGACUUUAAUGAACAGCAGGUAUACUACCCAUACACUAUAUAUGCACUCAUAUAUUCAUGAAAAGCAUUCUGUUAGCCAGAUGCUCUUAGUUGGAUGUUUGCCCUCAUUGAAAAUGUGACACCCAAAUUUGGUCCAGGAUAUUUUUGUGAGUAUCCAUUCUGAAGGGAAGGCUGAAGUAUGCCUCCCAGAGCCUUAUGUGGUCUUUCAGCCACAAAAUAAAUAAAACAGCCCAUCUCAGCAGGCUUCACUAGCAGAGAGAGGCAUCCACGGGGGAUAACAGCCCUGGAACAAUACUGUUGAGUUCAGUCACUCAUUUCCACUGAAUUUCAACAUGUUUACCUAACAAAGGAAUAAAAUCCAAGCAAAAUAACCUGCGUGUUUGCUCCCUUAAAAAAAAAAAACAGUAAAAAAUUAUCAGGCCUUUAAAUAGUUAGCAGCACAAUAUAUUGAUAGGCUCUAAAAUAUUCCAGGUCUGCAGUCUCUAGUUUCCAAAGCACCAUGUCAAACAGCUCUUUCCCCACCUCAGGUACUCUAAAGCAUAUUGAUUGAGUAAUCCAUUCCAAAUGUGCAGUCACUAACAAAUAACAAGUACCAUUCUCUCCCUUGGUCUUUGCCAAAAUCUCUUCAGGAUCAUGAGUAGUGUGUCUAGAAGAUUAGUAGAUAUUCAGGAGAAGAAGAAAUUCGUCAGUAAGAUUAUUCAGUAUGUAAUCCAUGAGAGCUGCAGGAUUUCUAGAACUCAUUUUGCACCCAUUUAGUUAGUGGGAUGAAUAUGUUUAAAUACAGCUGCCUAUUUUGGUAUCAUGCUAGCCCUGAAAGCAGCAUUCUAUUCUUUUAAGUCUUUCGCCUGACAUGGGGAUUUUGCAGAAUUGGUAAUUAAAGAUUUCUUGUUCCAGAAAGGGUAAUUAAAGAUUUAGUGGGAUACCUUUUUUCUUUCAUUUUCAGUCGUAAAAAUGUGAGUAAAUAUUCUUCUUAGAUUGGUGGCAUAUUCCUUCCCCUUUUGAAUAAGACAAUAAUACAACAGUUUUGGCUGGUUGAUUUUUGGGUGAGAUUUUUAUUUUGGUUUGGGGUUUUCCUUUGGUUAAAUGUACAUUGUCUCUCUAUAGUCAAAAUGUCUGUGACUGUAACAGUAUGUAUUUCUUUUACUGGAGAAAAUAGACUUUUUGGUUUUUGUUAACAGUACUAGUGACUUUGUGGAAAAUGACAAGUUGCUAUUUAGAUCUGCUUAGUUAAGUACAGUACACUACAAUACAGUAUUUCUGAAAGCUAGAACAUACAGUACACAAUAUAUAUAGCAAUUCUAUAUCAAUAUAUAUACAUAGUAUAAUCAUUUAACUUUUGCAUCUGCCUACGAUCAUAGAAAAAUAAUUUUUCACAUGUAUCAUUCACAACCCAAUCAACUGCUGCAGCUAUUUGAAGCAUUUACAAUAAUUAUUACAGCUCUAUUGUGCUUUUUCAUAUUAUUGGCUUCUUUAUUAUCUUUACAAGCAUUUUUUCAGGCUUUUUUAAAAUCCCUAUGUAGUAAGAUGUAGAAAAGUAAUUUUUUUAAAGAAAAGGUAAAACAGUAUUAGGCUCUACAAAAAAUUAAGAUUGUUCCCUGCUACCCUUUCCUAUCAGAAGAACAAUUAAUCAAGACAGAUAUCUAUUAGCUCUCUUCUAAGAUGUCCUAUUAUUUCAUUUCUAAAAGUAUAUGUCAGACUUUUCCUCUUCCAUUCCUAGCCUUGGAGAAAGAUGCCAAAAGUGGUCUCUCACUCCUUCCAAAUCCUGUUUCUUUAAAGUUUUAAAAUUUCCUAAAAUUAUCCUCUGCACUAGGGUGAGGUAGAAGAAAUAUUGUUCUCUGUGUAGUUACACAGAAUGUGGAUUUAAUAAGAAAUACCUCAAUCCACAACUAUUAAUAUAUUCAAAUUGGAGCCUUACUUAUCCACUUGAUCACCCCUUUUUCAAAUGAAAACAACCUCUGAAAGUUUUAGUUUCAGUUCAUAAGUUGUUCUAGGCGAAUGUUCCCUUUACCAUCUUCAUAGUACAUUCCUGUUGGUUUUGAAUUUUGGGUCAGUCCCACUGGACUUAAAUAGUCACCACAGAACUGCUGAAAAAGAUGUCACAGGGAUAUGUCAACAUCUAGGUCCAAAGAGCCCAGGAACAGCUGACUGACACCUAAGGCUCAUGACUUUAGGUGUCCAUUCUGUAUUCUCAUCUUGCAACAGAUGGCUGCCCAGCAGCAAGCCUUGGUUCAAAAGUAGUAAGAGUGCAAAAUGAUGAGAGUAUGUAAAUUUAUGUUUGUUUUUCUAAUUCAGGUACAUCUAAUUCAUCUGACCUUCAUUCCUUUGAUAUGAUAACAUAUCACUCCUAAAUGAAAACGUUCAAAAUCAAGUGGAUGAGGGUUGUGGAGGAGGUAUUAAUUUUGUCUCGUUUCUCCUAACUGUGAAGAUUGGAAGAAAUGAGAGAUGGUCUCAUCAGUUACAAACCAUUUUCAGUGGGAAUGAGCAAAUCUGUGUCACUGCAAAUCAAUAAAGUUAUUUUGGAGUAAGAAGAGAGGGAAAGAGUUACCUAUGCCACAGCUUGGGAUAUUAAAAUGAGAACUUCAAGAAUGGGAAUUAUCAAGUGCCAGCGUUCCUAACAGUCUCCUAUCAUCUGCCAUUUGCACGUAUGUGGAGGCCACUACCACAUUCUUGUUCUUUCUACUUGCAGUUUAAAAGUUAUGGUCUUCCAGCAGUGAUUUCUAAGUCUGGCUUUCCUUUACUCUGUGUAUACCCAUUUGUAGGGGAAGGAGGAGACUAUCCUCUCAAUAUUAGUUACGCAGAUAACAAAACUAGAUUAUUGUGUGAAGGACGGGCUUUUUCCCAUUAAGCCAAACAGGUGCCAUUUCCCAAAUUAAUUCCAGUUAUCUGCUGCAACAGAGUGCUGAUUCAGUGGUCCACAUUUUCUGACCAUGCUCUUUGCCUUUUCAUUUGAAUGCUGAAUCAUACAUAUUUUUGUAGAGAGUGUUCUCACUUGACUGAGAAUACCAGAUCAUUUAAAUGGCUGCAUACCCAUUCCACACUUGCCCUGCUAAUCCUUUGUAAGGUUCAGUAAUUCAUUUAGCAUAAAUAUUAGUUUAAUGUGUUUCUUGAUUUAAUUUCUUUGUUGCCUUUUAUUUUUCCUAAUGCUUUUUAAACACCUCAAUUCAUUUUGCAUGUUAUACAGUUUACAGUUUAUAUUUUUAGGCUAAGAAGUGGUUUUACAAACAGGAUGGUACCAAACAGGUAGAUUAUCCACACUAGAGAUUGUACUUUUAGAACGCAGUGUGUACAGAUACAAUUGCCUAAGGGAAAGUGAAACUAACAAAAUAAUCAGCUGGUGAACACUAUUUUAACAUAUCUUCUACAUAAAAGACAGUCAGUCAUUUGUGAUUCCAGAAAUCUUGCUUUUUUUGAACAUGUAUCCUUUCUUUUUCAUUCUCUGAAGAAAUACUCAUCUUGAGAAUUGUGAUGUUUUAAGAAAUUCAUUUCAUAUGUGCAUAUUUUCUGCUUUUCUAAGGAGAGAGAAAACAGGAGAUGAUAUCAAUUUUACAGUUCUAAAGAUUCUUGCAUUGGCAACUUUCCUUGAAUGAUAUAAACAUCAAGGGAAGAUUCUGUCCAAAUAUUAGCUUUAUUCUAGUAUAUGAUUUUCAUUAUUACUUUCAUUUUCCAUCUCUUCAUUGACCAAGUAGACUUCCAGGGCUAAUGCAAGCAAUGGUCUCACGUUUCAGCGGUCGGCAGCAUUUAUAUUCAGCUCUUUUUUGCACUUCUUUUAUGUUUUGUACAGCUUUUGAGGAGCGCAACAGUUGAAGUAGGUAACACUGUCACCACGAGAGGGAGAGCCUUGUACUAAGAGAAUGUUACUCUGUGCUGCUGUGCUGGGACAAAAGGGAUUUUAAGGCUCUUCUGUGCAAAGUUAAAUAAGAGGGGAGUCCCCCACUUUGGGGAGGGUUGCACCAAAGACAGGGGGCCUCCCAGGAGAGGGAGAUGCUUGACUCCAUACAAGGGACGCCCUUCACCUGUGUCACUUAGAGGAAAAGACUGAAUCCAGUUUCUGCUGCUGCUCUUUUUUUUUUUUUUUUGUAAGUAUGAAUAACUUGUAAACAAUUUAUAGUUCCUAUUUAUUGGUGAAAGAAGUGUCACCACAUUUAUUGGAGUCAGAACUACUUCUUCACAAGUAUCUUCAACAAGCUUCAUUGUCUUUCAGAGUGUCCUGUUUCUUUUGUCCUAAUGCCAGGAUGUAGUUUGGACUGCUGUGAAACUCAUAGGAGUCCUUUAAAUCUGGAAUUUAUUCCAAAUUUUUUAUGUUCUGAACAAUCAGUUCCCUAGAUCCUUGCUCCAAAAUUCAGGUUCAAAGAAAUUCUCCCAAUGAGUUAAAUUGGAAAAUUGGUGGUUUCCCAUUCAUUCCACCUAAUGAGCUUUUCUUUGUCAAACAUAAUAAAAAAAGGCUGCUCAGUUCAGGCUGGACAUACUGCAUGACUUUGCUUGCCAGCAAUGAGGUCCAUGCUUAAUCCUGAAAACUAAUUGGACCAAUAUUCUGUGGGCCAAAUUCUGCAGGCAGGACUCGUGUGCCCUUUUGUUGACUUGAGUCCAUUUUCUCUGACAGAGACAGUAUAUGUAGUCCUACAGAAAGCUCUAGUCCUGAAAAAUAGUUUAAUAUACAUUAUUUAAGAUGCUACAGGACUGUUCCCCAAGAUUUAGCCUGUUUCUGCCCAGAGUUUUUACUCCUCAUAAAACUUACUCAAGAUUUGAUUUCACUCCACCAGGCAGAUUUUUCCUGUGUUAAGGGCUACGUGAUUACAUAGUCUCAUAGUCUCUCCUUGCUGGAAGACUUAAUUUAGAAAUGUCUUACAGAGCAUGACAGUUGCUUCCCUUUAUACAAGGCUUGGAACUUGCUUUUUUCGUGGAGUCCUAAGUAGCUUUGAGUUUUUCUUUGGGUUUUAUUGGUGAUGAUUAUAUGUUUAUUUUAAGUAAUUAAAUAGUGAGCCACAUCAGGUAGUGCAGAUAUAUGAUUCAUAGCAAUCCCUUUUCCCUAAUUUACACCCUUGAUAUGUCACUUUUCUAUUGCCAGAAUAGUGUAAAAGCAUUUGGGUAUUGGUUUUCUGGAGCUGAUUCCAUGUUUCUGACUGCUUUACCCAUAAUUGCUCUGGCCACACCUUUGCUGUUAUGGUGGUCACAUAUGUAUGUGGGUACAGUAAAUUUGUUUCUUUAUAAUAUCUGAUUAUGUAACUGCAAAUUCAGACUAUACAUCAAACUUUUUGGUAGACUUUUUAGAAGUGCUACUGCAUUGGGUGUGCAGGAGAAUAGAUAGCAUGAGCAGCAUUUCAGUAAAAAGACUCCCUUGAAGUACAUUAAGCUGAACAGCAAAAUUCAUUGCUGUUGAUUAUAGUGGCUAAAUUGAAGUUUGUAGACUUUACAAAACAGCUGGCAAGUGUUACUCAUUUUGUGUCUCAUGUAUGCUCGGGCAUGGGCUGCACCACUGUAGCUCUGCACCCAGAGACGGUGGGUUUAGGUGCUGUCCCUUUGCAAUGCCUAGUGAUUCUGUUAUGUGCUCUUUAUAUUUUAUUCUAGGCUCAUUGGUAAAGUUAAACAGCAAAAGUCCUUGCAGCCUGACAUUUUUCUGGUAUAGAGGUAGAUAUUCAGGAUACCUGCACCCCUAUUUAGAUUCUUUGUCUUUGGUAAUUUCUUGUUUCUAUGCAUGUGGAUGAAACAGUGCACCUGCCUGGAGGGAAGGAUGCAGUCUUUUUGCAAGAGUAACAAAAAUGAGAAAAUUGCUUCCUGGUUGUAAUUUGGUAUAUCUGUUGGUAUUUGUUUUUGUUUACAUUCUGGGGUGGGCUGCCAUCUUCAGUGAGGGACUAGGAGCGAGGGAAGAGGCAGAAGGUAAGAGGAAGCAUGUGCCUGAGCCCAGGAGAAGCAGCAUGCCGUACUCCUCUCUAUACUGAGCAAUUAAAAUGAGAUUAGUGUAGCAGCAGCAGCUGCAGUGUUCCAUUUUCCAUACAUUUCCCUUUCUUGCUCCUCCUUCCCUGUUAUGGCCUCUUACACUGUUUUAGUAGUUCCCCACACUCCUUUCCUGUAGUUACAAGGGUUUGAUGGAGGCUCUUGUGGCUGUCCACAUUGAAGUUAUAACCUCCAAACUUGUGAAUACCCCAAAUUCUUUGCUGUGUUUUUCCAAGUGAUAUCUUAACAAGUGGCAAACCCUAGCAGAUUUUUUUUGUUGCUGUUGUUAAAAGAGAUAGGUAUGGGGAGGUAUGAUCUGACUGGAAUUCAGUAACCUGCUUGCAUUUUUGAUAAGUGAGCUUUAUUUUGUUUUCAUUUUGAGGUACCUAAGAGCUUAUAUGCCUGUCAUUAAAAUUCCUGCUUUUCCCACCAUAGCCCUAGAUGGGCUGUGAAAAAGAUACUUUAUAUAUAUAUCCCCAAGUAUUUGCAGGAUGGAGUAGGGAGUCGUUCAUGCACAGAGUUGUGUGUGCCUACAUGAGCAGGAGAAAAUUGCAGUUAGUGUUGAUCUGUCCAGUUGUUUUAGGGUGGCCACAGAGAGCUGCCACUUUGAAAAGUUGAUUGCACUACAGAACCUUAGCUUGGACACUGUUAAAAUAGGGACUGUAUAUUUGGAACAGGGAAGCUUUUUCAUUUUUUUUAAUCCACACACAUGCCCUUUGCAAGGUGUAUCCUUGCAAAGUUUGCAUCAGACAACUUUGUGUAAAACCACUACUGAGCUUUUUUUGCUGCAUUUAGUUCUCUCUCCUUUCUGCAGCCCGCAAACAAUGGCUUGUCUCCUUUCUGGUUUCUGUCAUGUGACUUUGUUUUUGAUAAAUGUCCUAUCUAUUAAUGAGAUCUCCACAUCGACUGGGAGGGGAGAAAACGAGGCAUGUGAAAGUGUGGCUGGGAGACUGCAAAUCCCCCUUUGUUUAGGGGCAUUCAUAUACUUUACUGAGAGCUGAUUUCUUUGGGGGCUGGGUGGGUUGGGGAGGGAGUUUGUGCUUUUUUGGUCUGGAUAAGGCUCUUUAUUUUUGCACUAAGUAUGACUGCACUGCACUGCAUUGCACUACUGAAAUGUAUUUACAUGUGGUGGGAUUGGAAGGGGCCAAUUAAGCAGGAAGGGAGAAGAGAAAGGGAUAGGCACAGAAAACAGGAUGUACCAUAAACCUGACCAGUUUGAAAGAGAAGUGAGGUUACCUUAAUUUUAAGCAACUAGUCAGACACUGAGACAGCUAUAUUGGAUACCUUCUGUUAAAUAAAUAAAUAAAGCACUAUAAUAGAAACUGAAGAGGCAUCACAAGUUUCUUGGUGCUACAGAUCUUUUCUCCCCUUUUUAUAGAGAGUGCUCUUUGGGGCUGUGAGAAAGUUAAGAGAACUGCUCAUUGUGUAAACUAGUAUAAGGCUUCACCAUAAAGACACAAAUUCCCAGUUCCAAUGUCAAAACUUGCAUUGUUGGAUAGAAUCUCUUCCAUAGUUUUGACUAUGAUUAGCAUCCCUUCAGUUAAAGCAGGAUCUCUCAACUCAAGAAGUGAAGUCACAAAGCAGACUUUACCAAAGGGGAAGGUCACUGAAAUAAAGCACGUCUUUCCGAGGCUGUUAUGGGAACAGUGCAAUAAACAGUCAUUCUGAACACUCAAUUACAGGUGUUCCUGUCAAGCCUUUGGGGUAGAGGAAGCAGGAGGGACAUUUGGUCAAAAAAAAGGUGGUGUGGAAUUCAGUACAGAAAUAUUCCUGCUUAGACAAAGGUGCUGUCUAGCAUUUUAAUUUCUUCUCUCUGAUUUCUCUCCUUAAACAGAUAGUCUAGCAUUGUGAAGGCUUUCAGCUGGAACCAAAUAGAAUCCUAAGCUGGAAAGUAUUUUUACAGUCAAGAUGCAUGUUGGCCUAUGCCUUGGUCAUUAAUUUUGUUACAAGCACACUAUGAGAAAAACGAAAACAGUAGCAAUGUGCAGCGAGAUCCAUCUCUGCUGUAGCUUUCUGUGAUCUGUGAACACUCAAAAGUUUCUGUUGAAUCUCUUCAGUAAGACUAUGAUUGCAGCUUUAGCCAGAUGAUAAAACAGGAUCCUGAAAAACAUUCUGUAGAGAAACUGGGAGAAGAAUGUAAAACAUGAGUUCAUCUGCUUUGGUCCUGUAGUGGAGGGGUCGCCUGCCUAAUGUACCACAGGGUUUCAUGGACAAAAAUGGGGAUUGCUAAGAAAAUAAUUGCUAAGAAAAGGCUAGAGUAAUUGGGGGACUAGAAAUCUAUUCAUGCCCUGAAUUUUGACUUAGAUUUGAAACUUUGAAGGUAUUUUGGCUUCAUUGGUAUCAAGACAUGGGUAGUACAGACCUUUCAGAGAGUGCACAAUGCAAAGCAGAUUGCUGCUGCUCAGUCUCUUGGGCUGCCUCAUUUGACAAAAGUGUCAAUAACUAGAGAAAGAGGGGUAUGAAAGAGGCAGAUGUUGGGUGGAAAGGAACAAGUCUGGAACCAGGAGAGACUUUGGAGUUAAGGAUGUGUUGUUCUGGUGAGCUUUGAGUUUUCCUCUCUUAGAAUCCAGCCAUCCUGGCUUGAAAGGACUGGAAGAGAAGAACUGGAGAUAACAACCUGAUGUACUGUUAGAUUAACUACUGAAUGACUCUACCCUUGAAAGCAAGCAGGACAGUGGAACAUGCAGCCUGUUUCUUUGCCAUCUGCAGGAGCCGUCUAAGAUGAGAACCAGUGGAAGGUCAAUUUCCAGUAAUGAGUCAGUGGAUGCCCAACAAAAGUACAGUUCAUCUGAAAGCCAUCAUAAAUAAUACAGAGGCAGGAGAGCACCUUUAUUUUGUAAAGUGGCAUUUACUUCCAAAAGAGUAGUGACAGCUACAGAGCUGUUAUAUGGGAGGAAAUGAAGUCUGUCUGCUGAAGUUAAUUCAUGUAAUGAGCCAAUACUCCUGGUUUUUGCUUAGGUGAGUUUUUCUUUGUUUCCUUGUUUGAAGCAGCUGCACAUAUUGCUAAUGUCAGAGUGGAUUUGCAUUGUCAAAGAGGAGUAGUGGACUGCUCCAAAAAAAUAAAAGUGAAGCUGAGGGUUUACUGAGCCUGCUGUGUCCAGAGUGCCUUUCCCGCUGUGGUAAAAUAAAGAACUUCUGUAGGUUGACCUGUUCUGGCUGACUGAUUGCUGCAUAUUCCUCCCUUAUGGUCUGACCUGAUGGCAACCAUAUUUGGACAAGGAGAGGAACACUGCAUAUUUGCAAUGCUGUGAUAAGAUGCCAUUUGCACUAGUUUUUUAAAAGUACUGCAACCUGAAGAAGUGGGCUUUGAGCCAUGCUCCAAAUCUGGGUUUGAAUUCAGCCUGUUUAAACCUGAUUCCAGCUGACUGAGUUUCAACAGAACUGUCUAAUCCAUGUAAACAGGAAUCAAACCAUUUUUUAAAAGCCAAAUUCUAGCUUAUGUUCUCACUCGGUUACAGUGCUCAACCACACCAGUUCCUGGGCAUAAGUGUGAUUGUAUCAUUUCAAUGGCUUUGAAGAAAGUUGUUCCUUUUGACAUGGUCAGUUUGAAACUAGUUAAACUAGAACUACAUUUAAAUAUAGCACAAACUCUUUUCUUUUUUUUUCAGCAUGGUACUACAGCCCCAUGUAGACAGUGCUUGUCUGAGAAACCAAGGAUAACUUGAGGUUUAUUUUAAGAAGCCAAAACAUAUGUUGCUGACUAGAGAUGCCGCAUAACUUAAUGCCCUAUUUUUCUCCAGAUGGAGAAACACUAACUUCCAUAAUUCUCCUCCAUUUGUCAUCCUGCUUCAUUGUUGCACCUUUUCUCCCAAACGAAAAUCCCUUUGGCCAGUUGGCUAAAUCCAAAACAGAACUUCCCUGUACUGUUUGAUCAUUUUGUUUCUGUAUGUUCCUUUCCUCAGCAUUGACAAGCACUGAGGAUCAGCUUGAGUUUUUGCUGGGUCUCUUGCAUAGUUAUGGUUCAAGAAAAUGCUAGUGAUAUUUUCAGCAUUAUAGUAAUUUCAGAGCUUACCCUUGAGGAAAAUGUUAUGUUUCAGAAGUUCCACAGAAAAAAGAAAAUGCCAGGAUUCACGAUGAAACUUCAGUCACAGUGCUAUAGCCAAGUUGGUAGGGAAGGCAUUUCUGGUGGCUGGCGAUCCUGACAUUUACAAAUGCAAUUCAGAAGCAGCAGAGAACAUAGGCUUUCUCAUCCCUGCUGAACUAAGAGAAUUUAUGCUAAUGGAAUGAUCCCAGGGUAACCUGUCAGUGUUCAUCACUUUUCCCCUAAUGGAGGAGGCUAAGCAACUGUCACAUCACCUUAGACAGAGUUCGCUUCAAAACUGCUCCCCAAUGACCUGCCAGCCAGGUGCCCUCUCUCACUGAUCCUGGUCAUCGGCAGAGGACUUGUCACAUCAGCCAAGGUGACCAAGAGAUACACUUGGCCUUACCUAGGAGCCUUUUACCUUUUCUUUUCCUUUUGGUUUUCUAUCAAACCAGGUGUGCAUUCAGUUGUGAAGUAGAUGUCAGGUUAGCUGUUGUUCCAGAUGACAGGAAUGGCAAAGCCACAUGGCAACUGAGCUACUGUUGUCCUCAGGGACAUUGGUGAACGUGAAAGAUCAGGCUCUGAUUGGUGGUGUAGUUGUAAACCUACAUCUGCUGCUUGCCCCUCCAAACUUGUUUUGGUCAGCUAUGCUGUUGCCCUCAAAUAUGCUUUGUGUGUGAAAAACUGAAUGCAGUUGUUCUGUUGUCUGUCUUCUUUCUUCUGCAUCAUGGAUGUGGCACCAAGUUACUCUCACAACAAGCUUGAGUUUUGUUUUGCUGUUGUUAUUAACAUGUAAUUCUACUGUAGACCAAAAAAUAUGAAAAGGAAAAAAAAUCAGUUUCAAGACAUAAAAGACCAGUGAGUGAAAGGUGAAAAAUUUAGGAAGUGAAGGUGUGAGAGAAGCAGUGGUUAACUGUGUUAAGUUAGAAAUCUCAGAAUAGCCUUACAUAUUUCUUAACCAAUGCUUACCAAUCAUCCAGUAGUGGGGUUAGAUAGCUUUCUUUGCUCAUUCGUACCUGUAUCCUAAUAUAUAUAUAUAAAUAAUUUUUUUAAUUUUUUGUUUCUUUGGUAUUGCUGUUGCACAUCAUGUUGUCUUUUAUAAUGCCUGAUUUUUAUUGUAUUGUACUUUAUCGGUCUGUUUUGGUUUUGUUUCCUUUUGAAGGAUGGGAAAAGUAAUGUUUCCUUUUUGUUUUGAAUUUAUGAGAAAAAAUGCACUGGAAGUAAACACAAACACAUUUUGCCAUUUGAAAAAAGGAAAACACACAGCCACGCAGUGGAAAAGGCUAAGAAAAAGCUCCCCUCUUCCUUCUUGUGAUGGAAGCAUUCUUUAAAAGAUAUGCUAGAAAGAAAACAAUCUCAGAAAAAGAGAGAAGCCUUUUUGAUCCUAGUUCUGCCAUCUGGAGUAUUCUAGCACAGUAUUCUGCAGAGUUGGGCUCCUACAUGGCCAACAGGCAUAAAAUCCAGAAUGACAUGGGGCAAAUUCAUCCCUGGUGCAAGCAGUUGUUAUUGCAAUGAAGUCAAAAGAGGUACACAGAGGAUGGAUUUAGCCACAUGCAUGCAGAUACAGCUGCCUUCCCCAUAGUACCCAACUCCCCACUGCUAGAGUUUAUUGCUGUCAAAACAGUUGGUCUUUUGGCUGUGUUAAUUGCAUAAUAUCCCUUGAACAUUUUUCAAGGUAGGCAAAACACUUUCCCACUGAAUAAAUCAGUUCUGGAUGCACCUUGGUGUGACACUUUUUGCCUACCAGCUUUCAGCUGUUACUCACUCCCAGCCAUGAACUGAUGCGAUCUAUCUCUGGCUUGCCUUUGCCAGAAAAAUGGACUUGACUAUUAAGCAUAGUAAAACUUUUACAUAUUUAACUACUAUGAUCCAGAAAUGGCCCUUGCACUUUUAAGGCAUAGGGAAACAUCCUUUCUGUCUUUCAAAAUGGAAAGAUCUCUUUGCAAGUGAAACACCACGUGCGCACACACGCCCGCGUGUGGUCCCUGGGCUCCUGACCCCAAAUUCUUCCCGGAUCUUUCUGUGCCCAGCAGUGUCCUGUCUCCAUAGUGCCUGGUCAUUUCAGUACAGCAGGGCAGAGACUUGUGUUGAGAUGAAUUCAAAAAGCAUACAUUUUAAAAGACAGAUGAUUUUCCUGUUAUGCCAGCAUCUUCAAAUCCCCAUAUGAGCUGAUGGGUUUCUCUAACCUGACAAUUUUCAAUCAGUUGUUGAAACAUUGGCUUUCUGUGUUUUGUUUUCUAAGGAGGGAAUGUGGGGUGGGGAGAAUAAUGAGGUGUUGUUUGUAACUUCACAGUCCUGAUAGUUGGUUUUCAUCUUCCAUAUUUUAUGCAAAAACAGACAUUAUAAGUCAAUAAAUAAUUGUGCCCUAGGUUGAAAGUUAAGUGUUCAGGAAAGGAAAAAAAUGGUUGGCAUUUUUCUACAUUUUUGUGAAGACUCUUUUGGAAAGGAAGGGUACAUAUUUUUGUUGUGUAGUAUUUUCUAUUUUUGAAUGCAUUUUCUUGGUACAAGACUGUUUUGUGGAAUUUUUUUUUUUUUGGUGAACACAUUAUUUAAAAAAAAGAAAAGAAAGAAAAAACUAAUUGAAAAGUUUGCCCUUAAGGAUAUGCUGCAGUUUUGAGGUUUAACAUGAAAAAAACAUUCAAGGCGCGUGUUAAAAGUUGGGGAAUUGUAUUGUUGGGAGUUUUUUUGUAAAUGUUACAAGAAGAAGUUUGUAGCCACUGCUGUUUAUUUUGUUUCAGAUGAGUAAGUAAAGGGAUUGUUCUUGUGUUAUUCUUUUUAAAAAAAAAAAAAAAGUUAUUUAUGAAAUGUCACAAACACUGGACUGUGAGUUUGUAGGGAAGCAUUUUACCACCCUGUGUCUUCAUAGAGCUGUUGGUGAUCCUACUUCUCAUUACUCUGCCUUAUGAUCUCCUGAGCAAAUUUGGAGGGGAUGGCAGGAGGGGAAGAGAGAAAAUGAAUGCAUUUUGACUUAGAGAGUUGCGGGAAAAUUAGGAAACAGUGUUUCGGAAUUCUAAAGCUGGACCAUCAGCUCUACUCCUUCUCCCAUCUACCACAGGAAUGAGAAACGCUUGCAGUCACUGGGGGGACAGAAAACUUAUGGUACCUGGAUGUGGCAGUGUGCAAGGGGAAAGUGACUGAGAGACAUGAUGCUCAUAAUGACCUCUGUAAAUGACAUCUGUUUCUCAAUCAGCAACUCCCUUGGUUUGCCCUCAUCCUGCUAGUGGCUUUUGUGCACUCACCAACCCCACUGAAACCAUGAGGUUGGUUUGCAUUUUCCAUCAAGCCUUCUUGGGCACCCCAGCAGUGGGAGUGAUCAGCGGGAGCACUACUCUGUUUGAUUACUGGUCUGGAUUUGAGGAGGAGUAGAGGCUGAGGGUGACCAAAGAGGUGUGCCAUGUUCUCAAUGUUUGAAGAACAGGCUUAAAAGACUAAAGCAGUGCUCCAAGUGUUCAUGGGACUGGAGAAAAGAGAAAGAGGAAGACACCAACAGCCAUAACAGAAACUGGAGAUAUGUAACUGGGCUACAUUUGAGACAUACCAGACUCUUUUUCCUUCCUGGACGAUAAUGCAGCCAAAUCUUGAGACUGUCAAGCAGACAGAAAGCUGAAUGUGGCCUUCAUUUCUCCUGCCUAUCCUUUUUAUUCUCCCACUUCCUUUGCCCUGAGAUUUCUUCUCAGUGAGCACCCGCUCCACUGAGCACUUUUUUGCCCUCCACCUAAACUGCCCUUGCUUUCAAAAUGUGGGUUCAGUCAGGACUGAGAAAAUCAUGUGCCUUCUUUUCCCCCUUUUGUAAUUAUACCAGCCUCCUCCCCUUCCGCAACUUACACGUGUGAGAGACAACAGGAGGAAGCUCUUUAGAAGUGCUACUUGUCUGUAAGUGUCCAGCAAAACAGCAGGGUGGUGGUGAGAGGAAGGAGAGCUGGGAAAUACUAUGAGCUCCUUUCCACACGUAGCAGGUCUUCCCAAGGAGACACCCUCCACCACCACCUCCUCAGACACUCCUCUCUCCUACAGUGCAGCCGUAGUGAGCAUGUGAUGGCUCUUCUCUCCCAUUUCAAUCCUAGCUUUGUGAAGCACUCACUCAAUUUCAAUUCAUGCCAUUUUCAAGCAGUCACAUUGACAAGACAAAUGCAGUUUGUGGCCUUAUGACUUAAACUACUAAAAGAAAAAAAAAGGCAACUCAUUUCCCUCCCAAGGUUUGUGUCACUUCUAAAAACCCAGUCCACAGCAGUUUAGACUCCUUUAAUCUCAGUCCAUUUUGAUGAUGGUGGAUAAAGUGACUAGCCUAGAACUUAAAUGCUGGGCCAUCUGGUCUCACGUUUUCUUUGCUAUUACCCCUACUGUCUGCUUGCUUUUCUCAUUUUCAACUAUACUCUGCUUAAUGAGGCAGCCUAGCCUUUGGUGAAAGGUGAGAAGAGCCAGUGGGAUCCUGGCACGGGGAAGGUAGCUCAUGGACAUUUUAGCAAGAGUAGGAUUAGCUGCCACAGCAAAUGCACAUUGUGAUGGGCUGACUGCAACGUUUUUAGAGCAAAAAACACCAUUUACUGGAAAAAUACAAAAGCACCCAGUUACUGGAACAUCACUUGUUCCCAAGUCAGAACCACAGAGAGAAAAGAGCACGUUGGCACAAUGGAAAAGCAGCUUGUAAUCCACAGCUGCUCAUGAGAAAAGACAGGGACCCAAAUGCCACCCAGCUUCUAUGCACACUUGCCCACUGCACAGUCAGUGUCCCUGACUCCACGGAGGACCCAAAUUUGCCGGAGGAGCUUUUCUGAUUGUAAGAAUCCGUGCAAAGCAGCCCCUGUGAGGUGUCUGUCUGUCUGGCAGGCAAGGCCAAGGGUGGGAGCUCACCUGUGCUGUUUCCCUGCAGAGCAGGAAGCUCCAUGCAGGCUUUCCUGGAGCUUGCCCUUCUAGAAAUCCACCUCUAAAACCUGUAGCAUCUAGGUGGUGGAAUGAAAAACCCCUCAAUUCCUUCCAUAAAUGAUGCAGUAAAUGUAAAUAGUCUGGAUGGGGUAUUGGAAGUUUAGUUUUUAAGCUCAGCUCUAAAGCCUGGGAGGAGCAGCAUGGGAAUGGUGUUGUUAUUCCCCCACUCCCAGUUAACAAGUCCGCAUGUGUGCACAUACAUCCAAGAGAAAGGGAGCAUUCCUACCCAUCUUUGGUGCUGAUGGACUUAAAACAUUUGUCCAAAGCCUACCUUUGACACAUUUAGAGAACAUAAGAAUAGACUCUUAACACAUGCAAUAUUUCCCCCCAGAAAAGGGAAGAGGGGGAGGAGAGCAGCAUGGGCAGUUGGGAUUGUUAGGGUUUGAUUAUUUUGCAUCUUUUGUAAAAUAAUUUUAACAGUGCCUUAUCCCUAAUAGAUGCUGGCACUUGGGACACACACAUGAUAAUAGAACUAGGGAGAGUCAGAUGGGUACAUGCAUAAGAUAGAGGUCAUUAAUCAUCAUAAAGGAAGCUGAAUUGGAAAUGACACGGCUGUGUCAGAAUUGGAAACAGUUCAAAUAUUCAACUGCUAAAGCAAUUUCCCUUCCACCACCUCCUGCCUUCCCUCCUUGCCAAUGGUGCUGCCCAAGAAUAGCUGCCUACACCGAGGCCUGUCACUGCCCCAUUUGCUUUUGGUGUUGUCAGGUCCAAGGAGUUUAGCAUGGUCGUGCUUUCCACUGCAAUCAUGUUUUCCAUGGGGUAUGUGAAUGCCAAUUAUUUUGCUUUAAAUGCACUUUAAAAACAAAAAAUCAAAUCAAAGCUCCAGACUGUUUCAAAUACAUAGGGGAAGACAGUGCAUAUGUGUUUGAACCCAGUUGACUUUAUCUCCAGUUCCAAUGUACUUCAUGCAGUGUGUAUGUAUAGAACAAUGUGCAUGCAUACAAACACACGUCAACCUUAAAUAUCAGCAGACUAACCUUUCUCCUUAAGCUCAUGAAACCAGAUGCUACACAAACACAGCAGCAGCAGAGGAAUUAUGGUUGGGCUCUUGAAACAGAUCACAAAAAAUAAAAACAACAACUUGGUCCUUUCUGUAUGUUCAAUAAUUACAGAAGGAAUUGGGUUGUAUCCAGAAUAAAAAGGAACGGUGCUAAAUGAAUGAAUGGGCAAAAAAAAGAAAGAAAAACAAAAAACUCAGCCCAAUAACACAGUUAGACUUUUAUGCUGAUCCACAUAUUGGGUUGGUUUGUUACUUUUUUUUUGGUUUAUAUGAAAAUAAAAUUGCAUCUAAACUAAACUACCACAAAGGUAACAACAAAACAACAAAGCAAGCAAACAAAAAUGCAUCCUGCCCUGAAGAAGCGCUUAUUUAUGGAGGAUGUUAGAAAUCUCAAAACUCUCGGCCUUGCUCUCACGUACCACAUGCUCAAUCAGUCUUUUUUUUUUAAGUAUCUGAAACUGAAAAAAAAAAAAAAAAAGAAAAAAAAGGAAAAAAAAAAACUUUUUGAAGCACCUUAUGUGGCUUCCCAUUCCAGGAGUGGGAGCUGCCUUUUUUUCUUUGAGCACCUUACUGAUGUGUUAAUGCUAUCUGCUGUCUUUUUGUUCCCCGUGGACCCGAGUGGCUGCUGUGAGCACGGGCAGGGCCAAGCGGGGGCCGGGGGUGCUGCCGAACGCUGCACGGGCACACCCAGGUGCAUCCACCCGCAUUCCCACUGCUCGCCGUGCUGGCUGGGACCUAGGCAGAAAUUUCUCGGUUGGUCUUUGCUCUGUGGUGCGGAUGGGACCUAAACGGUGGAGGGGAGACCACACACUCUUGUGUGCAGAUGUAAAAAGUAAAAAUUGGACAUUUUCUUCUUGGGGCCAAAGGAAUUCCCAGCAGGCAAUAGAUUCUGAGUGAAUGGGAAACUGCAGCCAGACCUAAAUCCUAAAGUCUUUGUGCAGGCAACCAGUGACGAUAACCUCGGACACUGUCCUGCCACGGUGGAGACUUCAGGGUUUGGCCGCAGCUGGCUGAGGUCCCCGCGCAGGACAUGGCUCUCUGCCCGUGUGAUGAGACAGCCACCCACCCGCACAGCCCUGCACGCACCGCUGUGCACACACACACACACCCCACAGCUGUACAGGCAUCUCUCCAGAAACACGGUUUGUGAAGAUGUGAAGAGCAGGUCGAAAGUUUUGAGGGGUUAAGUUCCUUUUUUUUCUCUCAUUAUACUCUGUAAAUGAUAUGUCAGUUAUCAAAAACAAGCAAAUAGAAAAUUGUUUAAAAAAAAACCUUGCAUACGCCUUUUCUAUCAAGUGCUUUAAAAUAUAGAAUAAAUACACACAUCCUGCCAGUUUUUUCUUACAGUGAGAGUAUCCUUACCUGCCAUUUAAUAUUAGCCUCGUAUUUUUCUCACGUAUAUUUACCUGUGACUUGUAUUUGUUAUUUAAAACAGGAAAAAAAAAUAAAAAAAAGAAAAUUAACUGUAGCGCUUCAUUAUACUAUAUUAUUAUUAUUAUUAUUAUUGUGACAUUUUGGAAUACUGUGAAGUUUUAUCUCUUGCAUAUACUUUAUACGGAAGUAUUACGCCUUAAAAAAUACGGAAAUAAAUUUUACAAGGUUUCUGUUUUGUGUGGAAGAGUAAUUGAUGUUGCUAAGAAUGAUGUUUGUUUUUUUGUUUUUGUUUUUUUUUAAUGUUACCAGCACUUUUUUUGUAAGUUUCACUUUCUGAGGUAUUGUACAAGUUCACACUGUUUGUGAAGUUUGAAUAUGAAGGAAUAAUUAAAAAAAAAAAGACAAAAGAA